UAAUAAUAUUGGUUUGCUAGUGAAGGGAAAACUUGUAACUGGUAAGGGCUUGCUCGGCUAAGGUUUCAUGGCGUUCUCUGCAAUACCCACGACAACUUCAUGGCGUCCUGUUACUGCCGAUAAUCCUUAUACUCCCUUCACCCACCGUUCCUUAAUCUCCACUCCGCGGCUGUGCCGGCGGCCUUCAACCAUCAUAUGUUCGUCAUCUCUCAAAUCGCCUAAUUCCACGGAAGAGAAGAGGGAGUUGCUCAAACAAUACGGUCUCGAUCCCGAUGAAUUUCUCUCUGAACCUACUCCUUCGAAGUCGAGAAGGAGUAAAGAGCAUCAAAAGACUGGGAGAGGGAAACAGGUAGGAGCACCACAUGAGCAAGCUAAGCCUAGGGAGACUCAUAAGUUGCUUCAGGUUCUUGGAGGAACAGCAAGAAGGAAGAAAUUACUAUCACCAAAAAGCAUGGAUGUCCGCCCAAUGAUGGAAGUAGUCAAAGGUGCAGCUUUUGGUAUUUUGCAGGCUGCUGGUGGAUGCCCUACAUCUUUGAGGCCUGGAAGAUGGUUAGACUUAUACAGUGGCACAGGGUCUGUUGGCAUAGAAGCUAUCAGCAGAGGAUGCUCUCAGGUCCAUUUUGUGGAAAUGGAUCCAUGGGUUGUAUCCGAUGUUCUACGCCCUAAUUUAGAAUGGACUGGAUUUCUUGAUAAUUCUGUUAUACACACAGUUCGUGUGGAAACUUUCUUUGAGCGCAUUAAAGAAUCUUCAGGAAAAGAUGGACCAUUUGAUUACAUAAGUGUCACACCUCCUUACAUGGAAGUGGAUUAUGAGAUUUUAAUGAAGCAAAUUUCAGAAUCAUCUGUGAUUGGAGAUGAUUCUUUUAUAGUUGUGGAGUAUCCAUUCAGAACCAACAUGCUGGAAACAUGUGGGGGUCUUGUUAAGUUAGCUGAUCGUCGUUUUGGAAGGACACAUCUGGCAAUAUAUGGGCCCACAUGGGCUCAGAAGAAGAGAAGAUCAUAAGCUUCAAGAAACUCUUCACAUUUCAGGUGUCACUGUUUCAAAGCCGGUGGUUGUCAAUUAUGUGAGCAAGAGAAGAGUACCAAAUGGACCGGAUCCUAUUCACAACAGAAAAGUUGGGAAUGCGAGAGAAACGCCUGAACGAGCCUAAACUUAAGCUUCAAAGACUCGUGUACAUGGAUAUAUCGGAUCUACAACAAGUUUUUUUUUUCUUUUUAAUUUUGUUGGAAAGAAAGUAAGAAUGUUCAAAGUUUGAAUUGAAAGAUUCAUGAAUUUGGGAUUUAGAUGAAAAGUAAUGAAAUCUAAUUAAUAUAGUUCUUUUUUUUUUCUUUAAGUGUGAUGGAUAGGUAAAAGAUGUAUUUAUUUGUUAAAGGUGUAUUUAUUGUGUUUGCUUUAGCUUUGAGCUUUA